GGUGCUGUUGGCUCUCUGUGUGGCUGCUCGAGCCCAGGCUGCGCGGAGCUCCCUGCGGGAUCAGAGCGCUCCCCCGCCGGGACCCUACUCUCACAUCCUCCUGCUGGGACACGGCUACAUUUCCAGCCAAGCCUGGCUUUAUUAUGUGUGUCUGCGCUGCAGCCCCGCCAGCAGUCGGCUCGGGAGGCGGAGGGAAGACCAGAGUCAGGACAAAGAAGAAAAGGGGAGAGAGAGGCUAGCGAACCACAACCAUUUUCCCCUCUUUUACAGCUUCUUCUUCUUUCUUGCUUUUUUUUCGGAGAGGGGGGCGAAUUUUAAGAAAGAGGAUAAACAAAAGCGACAGAUCCCCACAGGUGAGAGAACGCCGCGUGAAAUGGCAGUGAGGGUGGCACCUUUGGAAAAAUAAGAGCGAGGAGGGCGGUUUGGUGGGGUUAAGACAGAUAUAUCUUUUUGCAGGAUCCGGGGAGCGAAAAUAAAGACAGUUCGAAACAGAACCUGAAGCGGACCACGCGGGAGGGGGGGAGAAGAAGAGGAAGAGGAGGAAGAAGAAGAAGGAAAAGAAGACAAAUCCGCGAAUGGACCCAAGCCGAGUGGUCCGCUCGGUGAAGUGAAGAGCUUGUCGCGUUAUCUGGAAGUGCCGGAGCCCCCGUUCCUCGCGAACUCGGCGGACCCGCUGUGCUGGGUAAUGCUGUGAUUUUUUGUUUUUUAUUAUUAUUCUUUUUUUUUUUUGAACACUACAAACUCUGACAGCGGAGCCGCGAGGAACAAAAGAGCGACAGUGACUCCUGCGAAAAAAUCUACAGGUUGAAUUUAGCUCAAGUUGCCGGAUCGUUGGAGUAUCCGCGCGUCUCUCUCUCCGAGCGGCUACCGGACUACCGCCACCGGCGCCGAAGUUGCCGCAUUGCAACAGGCAAAGUAAAAAGGAGGAGGGGAGAGAGGAGAGAGAAAGAAGUAGCGGCGUGCAGCCUAUGAGUGACUGUACGAGAGGACGAGCGAUCAAUAAAAGCAGAAAAGCACCGAGACAGAGAUGUCAAGACGCAAGCAGGCCAAGCCGCGCUCCGUUAAAGCGGUGGACGAGGCAGAGUCGGCAGAAUUUACAAGUAGUUGGGACUCCUCUGCUCCAGCAGAUGUAGCCGUGCCAGAGCGUGACUCUGAGGGGAAGGACAGGGCUGGCGGUGAAGAUGGCGAACACAGUGUGACCAGUCAUGAUGAGCGAGCAGGUGAGGAGGAUUUGGACGAUGAGUCCAUCUUCACCUGCGACAACUGCCAACAGGACUUUGAAUGCCUGGCUGACCUGACGGAACACCGCACCAACCACUGCCCUGCAGAUGGCGAUGAUGACCCGGGGCUCUCCUGGGUGGCGUCCUCUCCCUCCAGCAAAGACGUGGCAUCACCAUCGCAGAUGCUGGGGGACGGCUGCUGCGAUCUGGGCAUGGGCACAGGGGAGGAGGAAGGAGGCUCUGGCCUGCCCUAUCCCUGCCAGUUCUGCGACAAGUCCUUCAGUCGCCUCAGCUACCUGAAGCGCCAUGAGCAGAUCCACAGUGACAAACUGCCCUUCAAGUGCACCUUCUGCAGUCGACUCUUCAAGCACAAGCGCAGCCGUGACCGUCACGUCAAGCUACACACCGGCGACAAGAAGUAUAGCUGCCAGGAGUGUGAGGCUGCAUUCUCACGUAGCGACCACCUCAAGAUCCAUCUGAAGACGCACAGUUCCAGUAAGCCCUUUAAGUGCAGCGUUUGCAAGCGUGGCUUCUCCUCCACCUCUUCGCUGCAAAGCCACAUGCAGGCCCAUAGGAAGAACAAGGAGCACAUGGCGAAAAAAGACCAGGGCAAACGUGAUGGGUCCACGGGUGAUGCUGCUGACCAAGACCAGGACUUAUACAUGUGCGAUUACUGUGAGGAAACUUUCAGCCAGACUGAUGAGUUAGAGAAGCAUGUGCUUACACGCCAUCCCCAGCUUUCAGACCGUGCAGAACUUCAGUGCAUCCACUGCCCAGAGAUCUUCAGUGAUGAAGGCACCCUGCUCACCCAUAUCGACCGAACACAUGCCAACAAAAAACACAAGUGCCCCAUGUGUGCAGAGCAGUUCUCAUCAGUAGAAGAUGUCUACUGUCACCUGGACAGCCACCGCCAGCCUGACUCUAGCAACCACAGUGCCAGUCCUGAUCCAGUGCUGGGCAGUGUGGCAUCUAUGAGCAGCGCCACUCCUGAUUCCAGCGCUUCAUUGGAAAGAGGGUCAACCCCAGACUCAACCCUCAAACCGGCACAGGGAAGGCGUAAACUAGCCCCAUCCUCUGAUCAUGAUGAAGGAGGCUGGUCAGGUAAGGUGACGUAUAGUUGCCCUUAUUGCUCCAAGAGAGAUUUCAACAGCCUGGCUGUUCUAGAGAUUCACCUGAAGACUAUCCAUGCAGACAAACCUCAGCAGAGCCACACCUGUCAACUGUGUUUAGACACCCUGCCUACUCUUUACAAUCUGAAUGAGCAUGUGCGCAAAGCACAUCGAUCCAGCGGGGGCUCUUCGUCCAACUUUCCAAUUCUGCAGUUCAGCAAUGUGUCUGCUUUUCACUGCAACUACUGCCCAGACAUGUUUGCAGACAUCAACAGCCUCCAAGAGCACAUCCGUGUCUCCCACUGCUUGCCUGGUGGUGUGGUUGCUGGCUCCACCACUUUGGAGGGCAACCAUGCCUUCUUCUGCAAUCAGUGUUCAAUGGGUUUCCUGACAGAGUCCUCCCUCACUGAACACAUCCAGCAGACCCACUGCAACACUGGUGGUGGUGUGACCAAGAUGGAGUCUCCUGUAUUGCAGCCUUCACAGUCCUUUAUGGAGGUGUACUCUUGCCCCUACUGCACCAAUUCUCCAAUCUUUGGCUCACUUCUCAAGCUCACUAAACACAUUAAGGAGAAUCACAAGAACAUCCCACUAGCCAACAACAAACGCAAAGUUAAAGUAGCAGACCUGAGCCCUGCCUCCUCUGAUGUGGAGAUCUCCUCCCCUAAACGUCACAGAGUGGCCAGUGAUGCCACUCAGGCAGGUGCUAAUGGGGACUACCCCUGCAAUCAGUGUGACCUUCGUUUCACCAGCUUUGAGGGUUUCCAAACCCACCUCAAGUCCCACCUGGAGCUCCUACUGAGGAGACAGUCUUGUCCUCAGUGCAACAAAGAGGACUUUGACUCUCAAGAGUCCCUGCUGCAGCACUUGACCAUCCACUACACUACCACCUCCACACAGUAUGUUUGUGAGAGCUGUGACAAACAGUUUUCAUCUGUGGAUGACCUGCAAAAACACUUGCUGGACAUGCACACUUUUGUGCUCUACCACUGCACUUUGUGUCAGGAGGUAUUUGACUCCAAGGUCUCCAUCCAAGUCCACCUGGCUGUCAAACACAGCAAUGAAAAGAAAAUGUACCGCUGCACAGCAUGUGCCUGGGACUUCCGCAAGGAGAGUGACCUGCAGACGCAUGUAAAGCACACUCACCUGAAUCAACCCACUGGGCCUGGCGUUGCCGGAAAAGCUCGCAAGUGUAUAUUCUGUGGGGAGAGUUUUGGCACAGAGGUGGAGCUUCAGUGCCACAUCACCACCCACAGUAAAAAAUUCAAUUGCCGCUUCUGCGGGAAGGCCUUCCAUGCCAUUGUCCUGCUGGAGAGACAUCUCAGAGAGAAGCAUUGCAUGUUUGAUGGAGGAAAUGGCAAUGGAAAUGGAGGAAGUCAGAAUGGAACUCCCAAUGGGGUGACACAAAGCUCUAAACGUGGAGGAGGAGGUUCAACUGCAGCUGCUGAGCAGGCUGACCUGCAGAACAUGCUUUUGAAGGGAGGGACCCAGGAAACAGCCAACAGCCAUGAAGCCAGUGGAGGAGAGGAGGAGAUGGACGCCUCUGAACCGAUGUAUGCUUGUGACAUCUGUGGUGCUGCUUAUACCAUGGAGUCCCUGCUCCAAAACCACCGGUUGCGUGAUCAUAAUAUAAGGCCUGGUGAGGAUGAUGCAGGGUCCCGUAAAAAGAAGGCGGAUUUCAUCAAGGGCAAUCACAAGUGCAAUGUCUGCUCAAGAACCUUCUUCUCAGAGAACGGCCUGAGGGAACAUGCCCAAACCCACCGUGGUCCAGCGAAACAUUACAUGUGCCCCAUCUGUGGAGAACGUUUCCCCUCUCUGUUGACCCUCACAGAGCACAAAGUCACCCACAGCAAGAGCCUGGACACGGGCACCUGCCGUAUCUGCAAGAUGCCCCUGCAAAGCGAGGAGGAAUUCAUUGAGCACUGCCAGAUGCACCCAGACCUGAGAAACUCACUGACAGGCUUUCGCUGUGUGGUCUGCAUGCAGACCGUCACCUCCACCCUAGAGCUGAAGAUCCAUGGCACUUUCCACAUGCAAAAGCUUUCUUCGUCAGGCGGCAGUGGCGGAGGAGGAGGGUCAGCCUCAUCAUCUCCCAAUGGCCAGUUGCAGGCCCACAAGCUCUAUAAGUGUGCCCUCUGCUUGAAAGAGUUUAAGAACAAGCAGGAGCUUGUCAAGUUGGAUGUCAAUGGCCUGCCCUUCGGGCUGUGCGCCAGUUGCAUGAGCCGAGGCACCAACGGUCAAUCGUCCAGCGGGGUCGUGACCCCUCAGGAGCCAGGGGAAAAGGGCACCUCCGGGCUGCGAUGCCCUGAGUGUGCUGUGAAGUUUGAGACCUUGGAAGAUCUGGAAAGCCAUGUUCAGGUGGACCAUCCUGAGAUAAGCCCAGAGACCAGUGCAGCUAAGAAAGUGACGGAUGCCUCACCUGUCCCAAAAAAGAAGACGUAUCAGUGCAUUAAAUGCCAAAUGACCUUUGAGACAGAACGCGAGAUCCAGAUCCACGUUGCCAAUCACAUGAUAGAGAGAGAGCCCGCCCAGCUUCCGCCAGAGGAAGGCAUCAAUCACGAGUGCAAGCUGUGUAACCAGAUGUUUGACUCUCCGGCCAAACUCCUGUGCCACCUGAUCGAGCACAGCUUUGAGGGCAUGGGUGGCACCUUCAAGUGCCCCGUCUGCUUCACAGUGUUUGUCCAGGCCAAUAAGUUGCAGCAGCACAUCUUCGCAGUGCACGGACAGGAGGACAAGAUCUAUGACUGCUCGCAGUGUCCACAGAAGUUCUUUUUCCAGACUGAACUCCAGAACCACACACUGAGCCAGCACGCGCAGUGAGAGCGGCCUCGGCGGGAUGCCCCGUUCAGCCGGAACCCCGACCCACGCCCGGUGGGGGACGACCAUUUCAACAUCACAGCCAAUCAAAGUGUCAUUUGCUACUCACAUGUAAAACUCUAACGAUUCCGCCACCAGGCGCAGCUAUUACGAACGGUGGGGAAUGAAUAUUAAUGGGAUAUGCUAUUAAAAAAGAAAAGGAGAGGGGGGGAAAAAGGAGAGAAAAAGGUAUUCUACGUGCAGUAUUUUUUAUUGUCCCUGCUUCCCGUUUGUGCGUUCCUUUUUUUUUUUUCUUCUUCUUCUUUUUUUUU